CUCCUUGAUUCAGCAGUUUAAAAAAGAGAAAAAUGUAGAUUAAAUUGAAAAUGAAGGCUUGAAAUGUAAUAUUUUAUUCAUGAAGACUGAAGAGCUAGAAAGGAUUCACAUUUUUGAUCUAUUUCUAAAUCUCACAAUGAGCAUGAAAAAUUACGGGGAGAUUUCCUAUGGGAGAUUUUUAAUAGAUGGGUAUUUUCUCUUCCCAAAUUAAUCUUUCGAGGCUACAAGAAUAAUUGAAAUAGUUAAGAAAUUAAUUGUAUGGUAUUGUCUUUAAUUUUAAAAGAAUUUUCAUUUUUGCAUUCAUAUAAUUUUAACUGAAGUUCUGUCUUAUUCGAGGUUACAUAAAACAUAUGCCUAUCAAAAUAAGUAAUCAUUAAUUAUUAAUUCACCCCCCUGCUCAGACAAUAUAUAAUUCUAAUGGUGUAUAAAAGCUUGUAAUACAUUUCAGAAAGUUAAUUUUUUCUUACUAUCCAUCUUGGUCAAUGGCAGAACCUAGACUCAAAUAAUUCUUGGGAAGCUAAUUCUGAGGAAAUCACCAAAUGACUCUCUCAAUACAACUGUCUCAGCCAUACCACUUAGUCUUAUAAAUGUGUCCACUUAUGAAUCAUGGCCAUAGUUUGAAGCAAUUUCUUCAUAAUAUUCAGGAAAUAGAUUGAAAUGGUAUAACAAACAGUAAGCACAACUUUGGUACUAUACAGAGAGAAAGUGUCACCAGUUUGAUAUUUAAAUUUAAUUUUCAUUCAUAUAUUUUUCUCUAAGUUUUCUAUCUUUUUAUUCAACUUUAUUUGUAGAGCUGUUUCAGGUUUACAACAAAAUUGAGAGAAAGGUACAGAUAUUUCCCAUUUAUGCCCUCCCCAUACACAUGUACAGUCUUCCUCAUUAUCAACAACACUCACCAGAAUGGUACUUUUUUGAAUUAGCAUAGUGAUGGAGGACAUAUUUUUAAGUGAGAGGAUGGUUAACAAAUAUGUUUGAAUUCAAAUGUACCAGUUUGGGUGAUAAACUAGGUACUGAGUUGAGAAAGAUAAAGGUACCAAGGAAUCAUGCCAGAUCUACUACAUAAUAUAUCAGAAAAGCAAAGGUGUAAAUCACAUUGGUAAAUAACUAAUGGAAAAGAAGACUAAUCCUUCAUUCCGACAAAAGCCAAAUAAUUAGAUGUAAUAAGUGAAUUCACUAACUCAGUUAAAGAAUAAUAUUCCCACAUCAAGUAGCUGAGUUUUAUGGAUAAUCACACAAUCACACUAUUUUAGAAAAAGUUCUAGUCCAAACUUCCAGAUUGACAUAUGAGAAAAUUCAGACCCUAAGUUUAAGAGCGAACUCCCUAAGGUCAUCUAGAUAAAAAUAUAAUAUUAAAUUUAUUACUUUAAAAGAACCGACAAAUACCAGACUUACUUGGCCAUAAUUUUUACUUGUACCAUUAAUUUUUUCAAUUAUUUGUAUAAAUUCUCUACCUUGUUUACUUCUGUAUCUCAUCAAAUUUUUACUCUAUGUUGACACAUUCCUUCUCCUUCUUCUCCUCCUCCUCCUCUUCCUCCACCUACUCUUCCUCCUACCCUCUCCUCCCUCUCCUUCUCCAACCCCAAAAUCAGUUUAGGAUUUGGGCACUGAAGGACUAUGGGCCAAAGAAACUCUACUUCUCUGCAUGAUUUCAUUCUGCUGGGCUUCUCUGACCAUCCCAAACUGGAGAUGGCCCUGUCAGGAGUUGUCGCCACCUUCUACUUGAUCACACUGGUCGGUAACACAGCCAUCAUUCUUGCGUCUCUCCUGGACUCCCACCUCCACACACCAAUGUACUUCUUCCUCCGGAAUUUAUCUUUCCUAGACCUAUGUUUCACAACCAGCAUCGUCCCUCAGAUGCUGGUUAACUUGUGGGGGCCUCAUAAGACCAUCAGCUAUGGGGGCUGUGUCAUUCAGCUCUAUGUUUAUAUGUGGUUGGGCUCCAUCGAGUGCCUUCUCCUAGCUGUUAUGUCCUAUGAUCGUUUCACAGCUAUUUGUAAGCCCCUCCAUUAUUUGGUAAUCAUGAACCCACAUUUAUGUCUCAAGAUGAUUAUCAUGGUCUGGAGCAUUAGUUUGGCCAAUUCUGUUGUACUGUGUACACUCACUCUGAAUCUGCCUAGAUGUGGAAACAACCUUCUGGAUCAUUUCUUGUGUGAGUUGCCAGCUAUGCUCAAGAUAGCGUGUAUAGACACCACAGCAGUUGAAUUGUCUGUUUUUGCUUUAGGCAUCGCCAUUGUCCUUACACCACUCAUCCUUAUUCUUAUAUCCUAUGGCUACAUUGCCAAAGCUGUGCUGAGAAUGAAGUCAAGGGCAGGCCAGCGGAAAGCAAUCAAUACCUGUGGAUCUCAUCUCACCGUGGUGUCUAUCUUCUACGGAGCUAUUAUCUACCUAUACCUACAACCAGGUAACAGUGCCUCCAAAGAUCAGGGUAAGUUUCUCACCCUCUUUUACACCAUCAUCACACCAAGUCUCAACCCCCUCAUUUACACUUUAAGGAAUAAAGACAUGAAGGAGGCACUGAAGAAGCUGAUGAGAGUUGAUCACAAAUCUACUAAAUCAAAAAGGACCUGGAAGUCAUAGAAAAAAUUAAUGUGAUGGAGGCAAUAAUAAGGUUAUCUAACUUUCAUUUUUACUGAGGCAAGUAAUCCCUAGAUCACAGAGAUCGAUUUAUGUAAUAAUUCUUGUAUGCAAACACUUUGUGGAUGCAAACACUUUGUGGAUGCAAACAAUAUAACCACCCUACCUUUUUUGGCUUCUAAUCAUGACAUCAAUAUCAUUAUCUUGAGUAAUGGCUCUAAGUUACUUAAGCCUAUCUACCUCUUUAUCAUGAUACACAGGAGUGAGAAGGCACAAAUUAAAGGAUUUUAAAGGUGACAAAAAAGGCUUACUCAUUUCUCAUUCAUUCAUGAAAGAUUUAUUUCAUCAUUGUCUCAAUCCCAAUGGAAAGAAAAUAUGACAAGUUGGAGGUGAGUUAGGCUUUUGACAUAAAUCUACAUGGAAUUUACAUAAAUUUUGAGGGAUUGUACUAAUACGUGUAUGUAGUGGAAUUUCAUAAAAUAAAUAUUUUCAUUGUCCUAUAUCAUGGUAUAAUGUUUAUAUUUUUAUGGGAAAAUGUGAUGAUGAAUAAAACUUUGGUAUUUUUCUAUGAUCUAAAACCUAUCUCUAAAAGACGCCU